UACGUACAUACGUUUAUCAGAGCAUCCAAGGCACAGUACUGAUAUAGCGUCCACAAGUGCCGGUGCCUUUAGUAAAAUGGAUCCAGAAACGAAAGAUCACAAACAAAAAUACGACAGUUGGGGAUUAGUCGUGUGUUUUGGGACAAUAAUAACAUUUAUAGCGGGUAUUGGUCAUGUUAAUUCAUUUGGAUUGAUAUACAUUGAUUUUAUGAACGAAACUGGUUCGACGGCAAAGUCAUUGACGACAGCGCAUGGCGUGUUUGCCAUCAUGUUAGCUGUUGGAGGAAUACUUCUCAAUAUAAUGUCAAAUAGAAUUCCUUUGCAAUUAGGAGGGCUGAUAGGAGCAGUGCUGUUCACACUAGGAUCUCUUUUAACUAUUAUCAUAUCGAAUACUAAUCAACUUCCAAUCACAUUUGGAGUUCUUCAAGGCAUCGGCUUUGGUAUUAUGGUGCCAGUAUGCUAUUCUACGUUCAAUUAUUAUUUUGUAAGAAAAAGAACAGCUGUGAUGAGUCUGUGUAAGUCAGUACAAGGGAUAAUUUUAAUUUGGUAUCCAUUGUUAAUGAAGAGGACAAUGAAUUUGUAUGGCAUGCGAGGGACAUUACUAAUAAUUUUCGGAAUAUCUUUGCACACAAUCCCCGGAAUGCUCAGUAUGAAGAAGAAAGACAUUUUUGUACGAAGCAUGAAAACAGCAAGUGAUGUAAAAGGCGUAAAAGAAUCAGAAAAUGUUGAUUUGUUACAAGAGAAAGACGGUGACAUUGAAAAUAACAAAAAUAAGUUAAAUAAAAUAAGGCGUGGGAUUUUGGAGGUAUUAAACUUAAAGGUAUUAAAGGACCCGGUGUACUGCAAUAUAUGUAUUGGACAGAGUUUCGUGAAUUUUUCCGAUUUGACGUUUUUCAUUCUACUUCCAAUGUUGUUGUUUCAACAUGGAUAUGAUAAGUCGCAGGUGGCAACGUGCAUAUCUAUAGGCGCUGGGGCUGAUGUUGCUGGGCGAUGUCUGCUUACCGCCUUGACUAGCUUUGUCAAAAUCAACACGCGAACUCUUUUUUUUGUUACGACAUUACUCACGCUCAUUUUGAGGAUAUUGUUACUCCAAAUCCGCGAAUUCGUCUGGGUGGCGACAGCUACGGCCAGUCUAGGCGUUCUCAGAGCUUGGUUGCACAUAGCCAGCCCCUUGAUCAUAUCCGAUCAAGUAUCUCAUGAAGACUUUCCCGCUGCGUACGCACUAUUCCUAUUGGCCGCUGGAAUAGUCAACGUGACUUGCUCGCCGUUUAUUGGUAUGCUCAAGGAUUACUACGAAGAUUACAUUCCGGCUUUCUACGCUCUGACUGCCUGCUGCAUACCAUGUUUAGUAUUAUGGCCAAUAGAGUUACUUCUGAGGAAAAAAUAAAAUAUCUGAAAACGUUAAUUAAUAAUUAACUAAUUACACUUGUAGCCAGUGUAACUACUGGACAUAAUGAGACUUAACAUCACAUGUCUUAGGAUGGCGAGUGCAAUGGAACACCAAACAAUACUUUGUAAUUCAAGGUGUUGGAUGGUGUUUUUACUGUUUAUGGGCGGUCGUAUCGCUUACCGUCGGGCGAAGGGCAAGCACGUCUCGUCAUU